AUGAAGUCACGUAUACUUUUAUCCAAGAAUCACCAUUUCACUUGCAACACUAUAAAUACCCCCCCCCCCCCCACAAUUGAUUUAACGCAUUUGAAUCCCGUUUCGUUCCAAUUCAGAAGAAACCCUAGAAUUAUUAUUAGAAAUUCACAUUUAAACUCCUCCUCGGAUGAUUCAACCCGACCGGCGUUCCGCAUUUCGUCGGAUUCAGCUCCGAGAGCCCGAUUUUUGGCCCGACGGACAGAGUCUGUUUCCGUCCGACAACUCCAACGCCCACUGAUUGAGUAUAUGAGCCUGCCGGCGAGCCAGUACUCGGUGCUGGACGCGGAGAGAAUAGAGCGGGUGGAUGACAACACCUUCAAGUGUUAUGUAUACAGAUUUAAGUUUUUUGCAUUUGAAGUGUGCCCAGUUUUGUUGGUGAGAGUCGACGAGCAGCCUAAUGGUUGCUGCAUUAAGCUCUUGUCUUGUAAGCUCGAAGGCUCUCCGAUUGUUGUUGCACAAAAUGAUAAAUUUGAUGCUUCAAUGGAGAAUAAGAUAUCAUGUGAUAGCAAACAAAGUGAUUCAAAAGUGCAGCGACUAACUUCAGAUGCAGUCAUUGAGGUCAAUAUUGAAAUUCCUUUUGCUUUUCGAGCUGUUCCUGCACAGGUCAUUGAAUCAACUGGUUCCCAAGUCUUGGAACAGAUAUUAAAGAUCAUGCUUCCUCGAUUUAUGACGCAGUUAAUGAAGGAUUAUCAAGCUUGGGCUUCGGGGGACACUUCAAGGCAACCUCUGGGAACUGGUCAGAUUUAAGAUAGCUGUAGUCGACUUCAAGCCAGCUAUUUUGUAUUCCAUUUCUGUUGUAUGAGUUAGGACAGAUUAUACUGUUGAGGGAAACCAACAGAUGAAAACAUACAUCUAGGGGACUUAAAAACAAAAACUAGAGGUACUAGCUGCAGCCCAGCCAGCUGAGAUGCUAGCCCGUUGGCGCCUCUAAUUUAGGCAAUGUAAUGAAGAUGAUUUUCACUCUUUUAGUUAUGUCCCACCAUGCGUGUGGAUCAGUAUGCCUUACAAAUGUGCGGUAUGCUCAUGUAAGUGAUAUCAUGUGCAGUAUAAUGAAUACGAUUUUUACUCAUUUUGAUUU